UGGCAUACUAACUUUAACCACUCUUGGGUCCUUCCACAUUCGAGCGCUGUUUUGUUGAGAAGUAAAUUUCGUUGUUGAAGUGGUGUCUAUGAAUGAUAAAGAACCAAAUGGCAUCAACUCUGUUGUCGCCUGUGGUUGAUUAUUACAACGAUGAAGAAGAGCUCGAUAGUGUGGAUGAUGAUGAUGACAGAAGUUUCAGGGGCAGGGACUCGGAAGAAGACACAGAAGAUGCCAGUGAGACGGACCUAGCAAAACAUGAUGAGGAUGACUAUAUUGAGAUUAAAGAGCAGAUGUAUCAAGACAAAUUGGCUUCACUGAAAAGGCAGUUACAACAGCUUCAGGAAGGCACGUUGCAAGAGUAUCAGAAGAGAAUGAAGAAGCUAGAUCAGCAGUACAAGGAGAGACUUCGCAAUGCAGAUCUGUUCUACCAACUUGAGACGGAGCAGGUGGAGAGAAGCUACAUCAAAGAGAGGAAAGCAGCGGUGAAGGAAUUUGAUGAUAAGAAGGUUGAGCUGAAGGAGAACUUAAUUGCUGAGUUGGAGGAGAAGAAGAAGAUGAUUGAGAAUGAGAAAUUAACAAUGGAACUCACGGGCGAUUCCAUGGAAGUGAAGCCCAUUAUGACCCGUAAGCUCAGGAGACGACCCAACGACCCAGUUCCCAUCCCUGACAAGAGACGAAAACCUGCGCCUGCUCAGUUAAACUAUUUGUUGACAGAAGAACAGAUCAUGGAAGAUCUGCGGACACUAAAUAAGCUGAAGUCACCAAAGCGACCUGCCUCCCCCUCGUCUCCGGAGCACCUCCCCACCACCCCCCUGGAGGCCACGACCCAGAGAUACGAAGCACGCAUAGAGGAGGGGAAGCUCUACUACGACAAAAGAUGGUACCAUAAGAGCCAGGCUAUCUAUCUGGAGUCGAAGGAGAACACCAAGAUCAGCUGUGUCAUCAGUUCCAUUGGCGCUAAUGAGAUCUGGGUGAGGAAAACGAGCGACAGCACAAAGAUGCGAAUUUAUUUGGGGCAGCUACAGAGAGGAGCGUUCGUCAUCCGACGCCGGUCGGCAGCAUAGAAAUCCACCGCCCUCGGUUUCACCCUCGUUCUCUCUCCCUUCAUCUCCCUUCCCCCUCCUCUCCUUUCCGCCUGUUACAUACCUCUCGUUAAAUGCUCCCGUCCUUGGCUCUUCGAGCACAGUUCACCCCAUUUCAUCUCAACUUUGCGUUUUUCUCGCCACCUCACUCCAUGCCUAAGGUGGUCUUCCUCUGCCAAGUGACCCUUCUGUCAACCCAGCUCUGUGCAGUGGCAGAGAAAAAGAAAAACACCACAGUACGCCAGCAACAACUAUUGUUUUUCCUUUACGUUUUUUCCCCUUUUGUAUACUCUUUUUGUUUAUUUGUUUGUAUUUUUUCUCUUUUUGACUUUUUUUUUUUCUCUCAAGAAGGAACACUUUCCAAAAAUCCAUCACUGUUUUAUUUUUGUAUAUCUCUGUGGUGUUCUCGAUCAAGAUGUGCAAAUACGAGACAAAUCUAUAUGCAAGACAUAUUGUCUGACAUCUUUGAGGCCCUAAAUCAUGGCAUUUUUUUUGUUCUUUUUGUUGUAAAAAAGCAUUGACAUUGGAACAGGUUUUGGAUAAUGGAGGGAGAGAAGGUGAUGUGUAAUAUGUUGUAUAUAUUUUCUGAGUGUACAUGAGUGCAGCUGUCCAAAGUCUCUUUUUUUGUUUCUAGCCAAGCAAUGCGGAACCUGUCGGAGUGGUUGUCCGAGUUGUGUGCAACUAAGCUCAAUCACGGAUGUGGACAGUUUACAAGUGAUGUUUGUGUUGUGUCCCAUUUAUUAAAGAAUUUGGCUUAAUA